UUACACCCGACCGCCGCUCAUUCGCGCAACAACACCAAGUGACACCGAACGUCGUCGGUGCGCACACACUGUUCAUUGCUAUCACAACAACAACAACAACAACAAGAACAACGGAGGUCCGACUACCGGGCACACAAAAAAACCACCGCGGUCAAUCAUACCGUACCGAUGACGCGCCCGCCAACGGCGGUGCUAAUGCUGCUGUCGUGCGUCAUCCCGAUGUCGCCGUGGCCGGGGUUCACCGUGGUCACGGGCACGUGGAUCGGCCACCCGGAAUCGCCGUUUGCAGACCGGAUGGCGCUGUUCGAGCACGUGCUGAUGAACGACACCCGGUGGUUGCCGGUGCUCAAGCAGAGGAUCAAGCUGUCCGUGCUCAGCCUGCCGCGGUACCGCAUGACGGAAUCCUACAACGACGUUUUGAAACGGGUUCAGCUGGUGGACCCGAACGAUAAAGAGGAUCCUGAGGUCUUAGAUGUUAUAAAGGAACUGAUGGACAAGACCCCGUGGUCGGGCACCAACGUGAACUUCACCGCGUACGCACUGAGCACCGGGGUCACGUGCUUCACGUACAACAACGUGUCGUUUGUGCUGUCACUGAUCGUCAACCGCAUUGGAAUGUUGACGCGAAAAAUGAUGGGAAAUAACGACGACGACGGUAAGGGCAAGAAUAAGGUCGACGAGAACGUGGACGGCAAUAGCUCAGACAGUAAAGUCGGCGAGUCCUCGGACAAGCCCUUAGACAAGGUCGACGACGCGAUGGACGACGUGCGCAUGAUGUUUGCAGUGCUCGUGGACAAGGUGGCGGCCGUGCAAGGUGAGCUGUCGUUUUUCGCCACCGGGCUGUACGAUUACGACGGCGCGAAAAAUAAGGACGACGACCUCAUUCUGCUCAGAAUGCUCGAGUUGAUUAAGCAAGAGGUAGACAUCAGGCUUGAACGGAACUGUCACCCCACCCCCCAUACGGAGAUAUACCAGUACCUGGGUGAGUAUGAAAGUCUGAACAACUCUCCGACUCCGCCAGAAGAGCUCGCGCCCAACGAUGAAACGCUGGAAAACGAGCUGAUCGAGUUCGAGAAGAUCAUCGACUGCAUGAUAGACGUUUACGACGGGCUCGGCGUCGAAACGAUGCCCAUGGAGACUUGGUUACCAAUUAUCGAUUACAGAAUACCGAUCAGCAUGAACAUCAAAUUCUACAUAAAUAACGUGCUUAAAGUUCAAUCUGAUGAAACAGGGUCGGACCGAUUGAAAAGCGUGACCAAUCAAGAAAAAAAGGAAGGAAAAAAGAAGAAAAAGAAGAAGUCAAAAAAGAAAAAAGAAAAGAAAAGACGAUAUAAAUAAACACUCAAAAUCCCAGGCAGUACAAACCGAUGGGGCGUUGGCAAAUAUACGAAUAGAAAAUUAUUAUAUUAAUUUAAAUAUCCCGAGUGUGGUUAGCAUAUUAUACGCAUUUAUUAGUUAUGAUUUUUUAGAAACAACAUAGGUAACUCGAAUAGUUAUUGUUAUUAAAGUAAUCUAUAUCCGACACUGUGUCCCUAGAGUCUAUAUAUUAUUAUAGUAUAAACAAUAUAUUUAUCAUUACAUUUCGCUGUAUAUAAGUGAACUAUAUUUUACCGAAAUAUAAUAGUUUCAGUGUCUCGCAUUUUA